ACUCGACUAUCAAAAUUGAAAGUAAAAGUUUACAUCCAGGCUUGCCAAAAAAAUUAUACAAAAUAAUACUUUUAAAAUCGCUAUAUAAACUGCUGCGGCCUAUUAGCAUAAUAGUCUACUUGUUUAAAUUGCAUUAUAGCAUUUGUAGUGGACCUUUAUGCGCGUUUCUCCAUCCAUUGUAUCGAUUACCGGAAAGCUAUUGCGCACUUACAGGCCAGCACAAGAACAAGAACACACAUAUUUUUACUUUGCUUGGAAUAACCAGGCAUAGCGUCAUCUACUUAUUUUUUAUUAUCACAAAGUAAAACAAGUGCAAAGAAGAUUUAAUAUGUUUGUAAUGUGUUUGCAAUUUUACAGUAGCCUAUAUACUGAUAAUGACUUCUGUAAUUUUACACAGGUUUGUUUAUUUGUUUAGCAGCAGCUACUCUUCCUGGGGCCCACAAACAAAACACAAGUCAUAACAAGUAACAAAACACUUAUACACUCACUGAUAUUUAAAAUACGAUAUACAAACAAUACAACAAAAAAGCAAUAUAUGAACAAAGGAAAGACAUAUGAUUUAUAUUCUUUAUGGUAGUGAAUCUGGGGGAUAGCCCCAACCGGUACUCAAACCUGGAUCAAGCGACUGUCAAGCCAACACCUUAAUCGUUUCACCAAGAGGUCCGAAGUUCUUGAUGAGGUCGGUAGGUGUUGGGUUAAGGUCACUACAUUACCACCUUAAUUCAGGCGAGCGUGUCCCCACACUUCUCUUUACCAAGUCCCUCUCCGAUGACCUCACGGGCCACAUCCCAUUUCUGACACCAAUGUAGCAAAUUCACAGGGUAGCCCGGACCGGGACUCAAACCCAGUUCCAGCGACUGUGAAGCCAACACCUUAAUCAUUAUAUCAAGAGUUCCAUAGCUCUUCAUGAGUCACCUACUCCCUGAAUUACAUCUACACUGCCCUGUCAAAGCCAGUAGAAUUGCCUGGUAUCCAUGAGUUCACUGCCAUGGGCCUGAUUAAUAACAAACAGAUCGACUACUAUGACAGUGUGGCAAAGAAGAAGAUUCCCAAACAGGACUGGAUGAGGGAGAAGCUGCCUGCAGACUACUGGGAAAAAGGCACUCAGUCACGCAAGAGCAAGGAGCAGUGGUUCAAAGUCAACGUCGAAAUCUUGAUGAAGCGCAUGAUGCAUAACAGCACUGAUGUCCAUAUCCUUCAGUGGAAGGUUGGCUGUGAGAUUGACCAACAGCCAGACGGCACAUUGAAAUUCAUAAAGGGCAUUGACCAAUACAGCUACGAUGGUGACGACUUCCUGGCCUUCGAUGAUGCUACUAUGCAGUGGGUGGCCCCAGUUGAUCAAGCUCUGCCGACUAAGAGGAAGUGGGACGGGGUGCAGAUCCUCAACCAGUACAUCAAGGGCUACCUGGAGAAAGAGUGUGUGGACUGGCUGUCUAAAUUCAUGGAAUAUGAGGAGAAAGAAUUCAGUAGUGCUGAUUCCCCUCCAAAGGUAUAUCAAUUUGCUAAAAAGGCCCAAAUUGCAGGACAUGUCCGACUGACCUGCAUGGCCACAGGGUUCUAUCCCAAAGAUGUGGUUAUGCAUAUUAAGAAGAAUGGUGUUCCAUUGACCCAAGAUGAUGGAGUGCUGUCUACAGGAGUCCUACCCAAUGAUGAUGACACCUACCAGAUCAGGAUGAGUGUGCAGAUCCCAGAGGCAGAUAAGGAAACUUAUGAAUGCUAUGUCAACCAUAGAAAUUUGAAGGAGCAAAUUGUGGAAACAUGUGAUGGAAAAUGUUGUGACUGCGGAAGUGUCGUUGGUGGAGUCAUUCCGGCAGUCAUUGUCAUUAUUGGAGUUCUGAUCUUGGUGGUCCUGUUGGUUCGGUACAGAAGAGUCAUAAUUGGUUGCUAGAUGACCAUUGGUGGCCAAACUUCCUGACCGGACGACGAAGGAACGUCAAUUCAUUUCAUAAUUUUAUAGUAUGGCUAUUGCUAACGCUUGUUAUUCAGUUACUUGUUGAUGUAGCUCAUUCUCUUCAAUGGAUGUAUUCUGUCGUAUAUUUCAUUGUUUUACUGUUACAGUGGAUGUUACUGUAUGGAGAGGCAUUUCUAAGGUAUUUGUAUAGGUCUUCAGGGAUUAUAACUAGACCUGUACUAGAUCAGGGUUAUAUAAGUCUACAGGUAUAUGCUGAUAUGUUUUUAUACCUCUGGCCAAUCAAUGACAUACUCAUUUUUAAGUAACAUUUCAAAAGAGUUGUAGACAAACAUUUUAAGUAAUAUUUUGAGUAACAAAAAAGCACAUGUUCUUUACAACACAUUUUCAGUAUGUGUGUUUCGUCAGUGUUUUUACCAGAUUGUGUAUCUUGUUUUAAGGUCCUGCAAGUAUAUGUAAAAAGUGUUAUGUUGUUUAAUAUUGUAGAGCAUUGUUAAUACUUGGGGUAUUUGCAAUAUCAUUUGUUAUGAUUGUUUAUUUCAACCUAGGGCCCAUUUCAAAACCGUUCACUGGGUUUCCAGACAAAGCUACACUUGAAUUAAUAUGCAGUGGAGUUUCUUUUAAUAUCACAUUGUAAACAUUGAUGUAUGGAGGACACAAGUAAUUCCAACAUGCAGUCUUGAAGCUCAAGACAAAAAUAUUUUGUAUCUUCUGCCAGAAACCUAGUCAGGGGUUUUUAAUGAAUAGGGCCUCUAGUGUUAUGCAUGCUACCUCUGGACUAAAUGCAUUCACCAAUGUAUUUCUUUAUUUUUGCUUGGCAUUGCUGUUACUAUUUACUAAACCAGUAUUUUACAUGACUUAAUGCAUACAUGCCCACGGAUGUACACACACAAUGUGUAUAAUCUGUACUGCUUUUGAAACAUCCUGUAUGAGUUAUUAGUUUUUCUGAAAAAAAUACAAAAUAAAUAAUUCAAGCCCUU